CGGAUGUGUUCCUUAAUCGAUUAAAGCACCUUUAUUAAUCGAUUAAUAUCCAUGUUUUGGUUUAAUAAAGUCAGAGACUGCAUCUUUGUCUUCUUCGCCAAUCAUCUCUGCUGCGAAACCCUAGUCUCUGCUGCGAAACCCUCUUCGAUUUCCUCAACAAAUUCUUCACAAAUUCCUUCAAUUUUUUUUAAUUUUCACCAAACAUCAUCAAUUUCAAAGUGGAAGGAUGCCAAGGUGCAAGAACCCCACCUCGCGUCAAGAAUCGGCGGCGGAAGAAGGUGAGCGCCCAUGGCGUCGUGAAGGGAGCAAGUACAUCCACAUCCAAACCGGACUUGCAUUCGACACGGGAGAAUCAGCGGAAAGGUUCCACAACACCUUUCUCACGAAGGAGAUCGUCUCACGAAGAUUGUGCACAAGGACCUCUUCAAAUCGGCAACCUAUGCCCCGAGGAGACUCGCCAUCUCUCAUUUCCUAUGUUGACGGCAAAACCAUUUUCAUUGACGGUGCCGGUUUGACUUCUCUGUUUGGCCUUCGUCGAGGUGAAAUUACCGAAAACUUUGAUGAAACAUUCCAAGAUGAGGCAAUUUGGCGACAACUCGGGUUAGAUCAUCGUGACCUCAAGUUUAGAAAUUCUAGCAACCCGAGUGUCAUUAACCUCACUUUGAUUCAACGCGUCCAACAAUACAUCUUCUCCUAUGUUUUGUUGCCCCAUGAUUCGAACCAUGGCGUUGUUAACAAGGACGAUAUUCGUUUGUUUCACGUCCUGUUGAACAAUGUCAAAUUUGAUUGGGUUCACUUCUUUAUCGUUGCACUUAGUGAUGGAACUCGUUUUUCCCAUCUAUGUUUUGCCAUCCCCAUCAUGCAUAUCCUUGCUCAUUGCAAAAUAGACCUUACUCGGGACACUCAGGUGCCGGUCAAGAAGACUUGCUACAUCAAGGACACCAGGUUUUCCUGGAUCGUGUACCGUGAGGAGCGCGAUGCAGCACCAAAUCUGGACCUGGUAGUCGCAGACGAAGAAGAGAGCCAAAACGAGACUCAAGCCGAGUCAUCACAUGCCGAAGACUUAGGUGACUCAAGUCUUGUUGUUGUAAGAAAAGUUGCACAUUUGUCUAACACUCUCCGCAUGCAUGAGAAAGAGUAUGUGCUCGAAAAGCCCAUUCCUCCUGCCCCUCCCGCUAACGCCCUGAAAGCGGUUAAAGAUGCCUAUGAGAAACACAUUAAAGAUGACAACCAGGUUAGCUGUGUCAUGCUGGCAACCAUGACAACCGAGCUGCAAAAACAUCACCACUACAUGAAGGCCCACGACAUGAUCGUGGCCUUGCGGCAGCUAUACCAAGGGCAAUCCAGGGAUGGGCGUUUUCUUGUGAGUAAGGCUCUCUUUAGUUGCAAGCUCUCUCCAGGGAACCCGGUCGGUCUGCACGUUCUCAAAAUGAUUGGUUACAUAACCAAUCUAGAGAAACUCGAGUUCACCUUGCAGAAGGAGCUAGCAACGAACCUGAUUCUGCAGUUGCUCACUGAGUUGUACAAGGGGUUCGUCAUGAACUACAUGAUGCACGAUCUUGACAAACCCCUUCCGGAGCUUCUUAAGAUGCUCUAGACUGCAGAGGAGAACCUUACUAAGGGCAAGGGUG